GCGUAAAAUUGUGCCCUCUCCGCCCCAGUGCCAUCACUCAUGGGCUAUAUUCAUAUCCAAAUUGCAUGAAUGUCAUGUGUUAAGCCCCCCGUCCCUAUUUUGCAAACUUUUUUUUUCUUUUUUUCAGCUAAUAAGCGACCUAACUCUUGUCAGCAUAAUCACUUGGGAGAGGUCUUGAAGCCAGGAGAUCUGGGUCCCAUCCUCUGAGGAAAGACGGGUUUGUGUAACUCUCCUCAAACCUGAGAGGGGGUUUGGAGUGUUUGGUCAACGACAGUGGUUCCUGGAAGAGAUCUGAAUCGUUUCAUAACCAAACCCAGCUGCGGUCUGGUGUGGCUGCAGUCUCUGCGUGCGCGCGUGUGUGUAUAUGUUCAUCUGUAUGAGGUAGAGGGAGAGGAGGGGGUAUCUGCGCUUCCCUUUCCAAGAGAGAGAGAGAGAGAGAGAGAGAGAGAGAGAGAGAGAGAGAGAGAGAAAGAGAAAAAAAGUUUGGACAUUUUCUCCCCUUGACUCUUUUUUAGGUAUGAACGCCGAGACCUGCGUUUCAUACAGCGAUAUGACAUCCAUGGAUUCGUAUUAUAGCCCCUCUGCAGCGCAAGGUAGGGAUCACCAGACGGACCACUUUAGGACAUUCCCAGCCACUGACACCAAAUACAGCCCCACUGCCUUCCUGCCCAACAAAGGUCAGGCUUACGGAGAAAAGUCCCGGAGCCCCUUCCAGCAGGAGUGCCAGUCAUUGGAUGCCGCCGCAGCUGGGCAAGGCACUUUCAGCAAAUACCACCUCUUCAUGCAGAGGUCGUCUUGCAAAACACCCCCCGAGGAGGGCAAACUGCACCAGGAGAGCGGACACAACGGAGCGCUCAUCCAGUGCUAUGGUAAAGACAGUUCAGGUCUGACAGACUCUGACUUGGCCCCGGACUCCGACCCACCUGGAAUGGACACCAGCUACCUGGCAGUGAAGGAUCAGGGCGUGAAGGCGGUCUCUGAUAGGCCACCAGGCACAGACUUGUCAAGCCCUCUGGACAAGGGUGAUGGCGGCGAAAGCAACAAGGGCAAGAAGAGGCGCAACCGCACGACCUUUACAAGCUACCAACUGGAAGAGCUGGAGAAGGUUUUCCAGAAGACACACUAUCCUGACGUUUACGCCCGGGAGCAGCUGGCACUGAGGACUGACCUGACUGAAGCCCGUGUGCAGGUGUGGUUCCAGAACCGAAGGGCAAAAUGGAGGAAAAGGGAGCGUUUUGGUCAGAUGCAGCAGGUCCGAACACAUUUCACAACAGCUUACGAGCUGCCUCUUCUGACGCGUCCUGAGAACUACGCACAGAUUCAGAACCCUUCUUGGAUCGGUGGCAGCAGCGCAGCAUCUCCCGUGCCGGGCUGCGUUGUGCCCUGCGACUCUGUGACUCCCUGUAUGACACCUCACCCCCACUCUGCCAGUGGGAUGUCUGAUUUUCUGGGUGUGCCGAGCCCCGGAGGUCAUAUGGGACAGGCUCACAUGGGCAGCCUGUUUGGAGGAUCUCCUGGCAUGGCUACAGGCAUCAACACGUACGAUCUCAACAUGGACCCUGACCGCAAGUCCUCCAGUAUCGCUGCUUUGCGCAUGAAGGCCAAAGAGCACAGUGCAGCCAUAUCUUGGGCCACAUGAUGUGUUGAUACCUGCUGGAUGGGGGACCUUUUUGACCCCUGAGAUGUCUACACAAACCCAGCAUGCGGUGAGGGGACACUAAAAUUGAAAACUCUAAAGGCAACAGUGACUACCUUCAUAAAUGUUGCAAUAAAAUAAUUAUGCAAAUACACGGAUGGGUGAAGAUUACUCAAAGAGAAAACAACAAGAGAUUUGGCAAGAUAAGUGGCAUGGCACUGCCAUGUUUCUCAAUCCCUCUUGUGGGAGAAAGCAACCACAGUGGGAGUGAGCUUUGUGAAAAGCCUGGUGGGAGGUGAUGCUGUACUGUAUGACAGGAGUGGCAGUGUAGUAUUGAUGAUAGGCGAAGGAAAAAGUUAGAUAAUUUCAAACAAAUCCAUGCACUUAUUUGCUAAAAUACAGGAAAUUCUGUUUGUACAGUGCUUUCUGUGUCAUUGUAGUUAUCUGUUCAGGUGCUGUUUUAUUCCUACCUUAUUAUUUAAAUUGAGUGUUAGACUUUUUUCCCCCUCCUGUCACUGGUUUUGAUUUAACAAAUAGUUCAGCAAGCACCCUUAAAAAACUGAAAAUCAAAUAUAGUUGUUAUAUGGCAUGUACAUAUUAUUUUAAGGCAAUCUUUAUCAAAAUUAGCACAUGCAGAAGUGUGUAACUUAAGUCACACUGUUGCUAAGAUAGUGCUACCGAAAACUGUUUAUAUCCAACAUAUCUGUCACACUAUGAAGCUUCUCAGAUUCAAUACAAACAUUUCAGUUGCUAAAAAAGUUAUAAGUGGUUCUACCCUCUAGCAUUUAAAAGUCAAACAGAUGAAAUGUGGUUUGUUUUAGUGUGGUCAGGGUGAGAGAUCCACCUGCUGCACUGACUCAGCCUGCUGAUGGCCAGAGAGAGGAAGGGAUGGAGGAGGAAGUGGUGUGUGGGAGUAUGAGAGGGGCACAGCAGGCCUGCUGCUCGCAGGGCUGAAGAGCCUGGGAGCGCCAGCCUCCAAACAGAGCCAGCUCUGUUUUCAGGAGGACAGACUCCAAGUGGACAUGACUGUGCCCUUUGCAUUUCCAGCCUCAGAAGUUUAGAGGGAGAAGUGCCUACUAGUCACUCAUUCUGCCAGAAAUAACACCACAACCAGCAGCAGCCACCUUUGAAACAGAGGAGGCUGGUGGAGAUUGCACAGUGUGUUGACACUUUUAAACACUGAAAGGAUAUCAGCGUUCAACAACCUUUUUCUUGACUUCAACACAGCUGUGUUUGGCUGUCAUAGCCAACCGGUAAAUGGUCAUGAAGCAGCGCUGGUAUUAGUGUUAUUGUAUUUCUUUCUCUUUUUUUCUCAUUUUUUCUGUCAAAACCAAACAAAGGAAGCCCUCGAACAUAUUAAUGCAGAGUAACCUCUAUUCAGUAAGGUUUGGACUACAUCUCAGUUGGAUGUGGCAUCUUGGCCGACCCAGCACAGGUUUGAGAAAAUAUCAGUUUCAUCCUCAAUCUUCAGACAUGCUGAAGUCCUAUUUUACCACAAAGAAAACAUGCUUAUGUUCAUCACAUAUGCAUCUAACAUAUCUCUAAAUGAUGUUGGAUGACAUCAAUUUUAGUGAGUGAGGCAACAGGAAGAGUCAAGGGGAUUUCUAUGGGGAUGAUGUUUCAGCUAAGGUACUAGCAAAGCCUUAUCCAGGGCCCCAAACUCCCAGAUUCACUGUGUGUCAGUUGUUUUUUGGUAAUUUGAUUACUUGCAAAUUUGUUUGUGAAUUUGUACCGCUAAACUGCAAUAUCACCUGCAUUAUUAUGUAAUCUUGUGGCCUUAUCUUGUAAGGGAGCCAUGUGUCAAAAUCUAGUUCUAAAUUAGUUCUUAAUUAUUUUAAUUCAUGUCAUGCUCACAUGGUCAAUCAAUCAAAUAACUGUACAACAAACUAAUUGACAUACAGAAAACCUGGGAUCAGGUAGUAUUCCAGUAUAGGUGUACUGGAUGGUUUCUGGGUCUCUGUGCAAAAUAUAGUGACGUUGCUCUAUAGUGAGCUGUGUGCACUGUCCUUUAGGGGAACUUGGAGGCAACAUGGGCCCAACAGCAAAUAUUAACCCCAAACAGGUUAAUCCUGCCAUGGUUACACAGAAAAAUUGUUUAAAAGUGUGUAGAGUAGCAGAAGACACAAUUACUAUGCAGGUACUAUCCCAAACUUUCAGUAUGGGGGCAUGGAUCAAGAGCGAAGUUUGAGCCCAGCCUCAUUAGUUUUUUGGCAUGAUAUCUGAGCAGGACCGCUUUUAAUAAAACCACCAACAUGUCAGGGUAAAGCACCGUAAGUCAUCGCGUUCCCUGUCUCCACUCUGGUUACAGCCUUUACUCCCUGUUUACUUCUAUCUAGGCUUGGAACAAUAUAUCUGUGUCUGUUUCUGUCUCUCUGUGGAAAGAGAAGAGGAGCAGCAAGGUUGAGGUUAAAUUGAGCUGGAAACAACCAGAGAUGAUCCCCAAUCUCUCUGAGCCCAAAUCAUAUGCUUGUAUCCAUAUCCUCAUAUCAUUCAAAUAUUCAAAUAGUAAACCUUGUUUUUCCCUGGCCUCCUCCAUUGACAGAAAUAGCAGAUGAGGUUUACCAAUGAGGUUAUGCAUGUUCUUCCUUUCUUUCCAAGGCCUAAUUCAGGCCUUAAGCAUAACAAAGGCUUUCAUGGUAUUGAAAAGCAAACCCAAUACCUUGUAGUACAACCUUCAGGCAGAGCAACCAUUGCGAAUUCUCUAAACCGAACCACAUUCACUGUCCUUCUGGACAGGUAAGAGAAGGGGGGUGCAGACUAUAACCUGUCAGCAGAGCAGAUCACCCCAGAGUUUUCCAAAUUACAUCCAGUUUUAUUCUCCAGCCCAAAUCCAAGGCAUAUGCAUAAUCCUGACCAUAGCGUACAUAUCUCAAAACUGAGAGGGUCUCCUUGCAAAUGUGAACAUGGGGCCCCCUGUGCUCUAGCUGAGGGGUUGGACGGAGGGCGUCUGCUGUUUUCCGGUGUUCUGGGAAAAAGACAGUGCACACAGCUGCGCUCAGGGGGUAAAUGCAAAACAAACAUGCCUCACACAUGCUUCCCCCUCAGCUGUCAGGGCUCUGCUUUCAAAGAUUCACCCCUCCUCCUCAUGACCCACCUCUAUACACACAUACACAUUGCACUGCACCUCUCCCUUUGCUCACUUCCACUACGUCCACUGGCUCAAAGCUGCAGCCCCCCAUUGCAGGGUCCGAUGCACAGCCGCACAGCUAACCCAGGAAGGCCUUUUAAUUAACACUGAGCCUUGUGGAGGCUGUGGACUGCGGUAUUGUGUGUCAGGACAGACAGGGCUGUCUGUCUACGAGUUGGUUCAAUGUAGACUGCUCCUCUGCACAGUGCACACAGACAUACUGGCAUUCAGUAACUCAGGUUUACACAAAACAGACUCAGUGUUUUCACUCUUCUGUGUAUUUAUGCUUUAUCAUUCUUGCAUUGAAACAUCUCCACUGACGUCUUCCUCCACUGGGAAUGACAGACACUCGAUCUACUCCUUGAAUUUCUUUUCCUACAGUCACAUAAGGACUGUUAAUGCAAGAUUAGCUUUACCUAAAAAGCCUCCUUCCUCCUGUAUGCUGCAUUACUCCAUCCCUGAGUGAUGAUGUCAUCAUCCACCUUUCUCAUUUUCUAAUACUACUGAAGUCAGGCAAUCAGUAUAGGAGGAACUAUAUUAUAAAUUUGUGUGCUCUUGUGCAUGCAACAUGGAUUGAAGUGUUAUAAGACUCUUGGAAAUGUUAUUAAUUAGAUGUUAUGUUUUAUUUUGUGAGACAAUUUAUCGAGUAUUCGAGUGUAUGACGUUUUUUUCAUUUGGUGGUACAAGAAAAAUUGUAUUUCCAGAGUUGUGUUUGAACUUUGUUUUUCUCUCAGUAUGUAAUUCUUAGGAGUUUCAAAAGUUUUUUUCAAGUUAUUGUGGCUUCAAGCCGUCUUUUGAAAUGAGUAUGAAUUUACUCAUGCUUGUGUUAUGUUUUGUGUGUGAUUAAAGUACAAUAAGUUAUUGCACUUCUA